GAACGGCCAAGCUGCUAUUUCGGUCGUCAAAAGCAUGUGCUGUUUAAUGUACGAGUAUGAGAUUGAACUCGCAACUGAGGGCUUUUGUACCAGGAAUCCCAAUUUCAACAUUUCUUCUUCAAAAGAAAGCCAGAUGUAAAACCUAGAGCUAAAGAACAAUGCAGGGAUUUCGAUAUGUAUUGUUUCACUUUUGCCUUAGCUUGGUUUGGCUUUGUGAGGGAAAAUCAAUAAUUCAAGUCACUCAGCAAGAAGACGAGAGUCUGGAGGAUGACCUAGAGGAGCAAGACAUCUUGGAAGACUUUUCUGAGCCUAUGAAAGAAGACUUUCUAAAGAUGCUGAACUUGUCUGUGGUUCCAAAUGAACAAAGGAAUGUUCAGCCUCCUCCGUUUAUGAUGGAGCUUUACAACAAAUAUGCUUCAGAUAUGUCCUCGGUGCCACAUUCUGAUGUCAUUCGGAGCUUUGUCUUACAGGAGGUGACCCAUUCAGUGGUCAGGGAGAAUAAAUCUUCACACAGGCUACUAUUCAAUGUUUCAAUCCCUAGCUAUGAAGAAGUCACAGUAGUCCAGCUCCGACUCUUCGUGCUGUGGCAUAGAAGUCAAUCAACCUGUGAUGAUACCUCCAUUACCAUUUAUAACGUAGUACACAUGAAAGACCAAGAAAUAUUACACCUUCUGGACAGGAAGGACAUCAGUGACACAGCACACACAUGGAAAGCUUUUGAUGUAACAAGUGCGCUCCAGAGUUGGCUUCAGUCAAAGUAUGGAGCAGGUGAAUUAGUGGUUGAGGUGCAAAGUCAGGGCUGUAAGUCAUACCAAGGUGGAGGCUACAAGAUAAGCCUGAAUUUGGAGGACAGCACCUCACCUGUUUUAAUUGUCUUUUCAAAUGACCUUGAGAACAGGAUGAGAAAAGCCAAAACUGAGGUACAAGAGAUGAUGGCUCAUGAAGAUGAAAAGUUUUUAUUGCGCGUCAGUCCCUUAGACGACUAUACCAGUGAGGAUCACCAUCGUAGAAGGAAGCGAAACGCACGUAAGAACUACUGUCGGAGAACGUCGCUGAAAGUGAAUUUCAAGGAUAUUGGAUGGGACAAGUGGAUUGUUGCGCCACCUGAGUAUGAUGCCUAUGAAUGUAAAGGCGUGUGCAAUUUUCCUCUGACGGAUGAUGUAACCCCCUCUAAACAUGCUAUCAUUCAAACGUUGGUGAAUCUGAGCAACCCAAAAAAAGCCAAUAAGGCAUGUUGUGUUCCAACAAAACUGGACCCCUUAACUGUCAUGUACCAAGAGAAUGGCAUUAUCACUGUCAGACACCUGUAUGAGGAGAUGAAAGUGGCAAAAUGCGGAUGUAGGUAGUGAGGAAAAUAAGCUGCUUCAAACCGUCAAAAUAUAUAUAUUUUCUGCUUGUAAAAAAUGUUAAACAAAAAUCUAUUUAAAUUAAAUAGAUAUUAAAUAAAUAUUCUUAAUUAAAUAUUCCUAAUGAAUUAAUAUGUGUUCAUUUAUGUAUAGAAACUGCUUUAUUCUGGUAAUAAAAUUAAAACACUCAAAUAAUAAUAACAAUAAUAAUAAAAAAUAAUUACUUCAUGAACAGCAUCAUAUUUAUGUAUUUAACCUUGGCAUCAAAUGCCAUUCCAUAGUUUUUUAGUGUAUUUUUGUAGUACAAUUACAUUUCAGAAUGAUUUUCAUAUAUCAUUUAUCAUUUAUCUCAGUGAGCUCUUUAUGCUGGUUAAUGUCACUCUGGAUUACACUCUGGGAUACACCCUGGAAAUGAAAGGCCAGUCCACCAUGCACACAUAUUCACACACUCAUUCAUACCUAGGGGCAAUUUAGAGUAGACAUUCCACAUUCUGGGGUGUUUUUUGGGAGGUCAGAGGAAACUGGAGAAUCUGGAGGAAGUAAUCCAGGAUUAGGAUUGAACCAGCAACCCUGUCUGAAGGAAACAACACCCAGUGUGCAGCUAUGCCGUCUUAAAUGAGUCAUCCACUAUUUUCCUUUUAUUUCCAAGUAUACACUACUUUUCUUUUUUAAGAUCGCUGAAUAUUCACUUUAUUAAUGCAAAGCCUGCUAAAAUGAUGUUCAUUUAAAGCAUGAAUAACAACUUAUAAGAAUAUUACAUAUUAUUUAUACAUAGUGUCAUGUUCCUCCGUCCAGGGUGUAUCCUGCCUUGAUGCCCAAUGACGCCUGAGAUAGGCACAGGCUCCCCGUGACCCGAGGUAGUUCGGAUAAGCGGUAGAAGAUGAAUGAAUGAAGUGUCAUGUUCGUGUCACGUUUUCUGUUCCAGGGCAAGGCAAAUACAUCUUGUAGCUUAACAUGUUGCAUAACUGCAUAAAAUGCUAUGACAAGUGCUGGUGUGUAUUUACUUUACUUCACACCCAGUUUUCAGCUAAAAGAGCUUGUGUCUAGAAUGUGUGCUCUUUGAAAUGUAUUUAGGCAGUACACCUAACACUUUUAUAUAUAGAUACUGGCCUCUACUGAUCAAUUUGGGCUUUUCCACACAAACUAAGAGAGGUUGUGUGUACCGUCCUCAAUUAAUUUUGCCUCUGACGUGCAUUGCAUGUGUCUCAUACUGUAUACUGCUUGAUUCUGAUAUAUUUUCAAAUAUGUCUU